AUGGCCACAAGAUCCGAAACUGCAUCUGUGACUGCAGCUGCGACCGCGGAUAACUCGUCUGAGAUAGAGCUCGAGCCAAGUUCACGAUGGAAUGAAGUGUCCGGAAACGAACAUUUGCUGCCACAAGCUGAUGGUGGUAAGGACGCUUGGCUGUUCUUAGCAGCGGCAUUCGCAAUCGAAAUUAUGGUCUGGGGCUUUCCCUGGUCAUAUGGCAUCUUUCAAGAAUACUACAGCACAUCUGAAAACUUCUCUGGUGCUUCCGGUAUCCCGGCUGUCGGCACUUCCGCAAUGGGUAUCCUUUAUCUGUCUCUGCCCUUCACCUUUGGAUCCUUGAUACGGUGGCCACAAUACAAAAGAACAAUAAUGGUUUGUGGACUAUUACUCAUGUGCAUCGCACUCGGAUUAAGCUCAUUGUGCAACACCGUACCGCAACUUAUUGUGACCCAAGGCAUCCUUUACGGCAUCGGCGGAGCAGUGGCAUACAGCCCCACUAUAACCUUUCUCGAUGAAUGGUUCGUAAGAAGGAAAGGUCUGGCGUUCGGUAUAAUGUGGUCCGGUACAGGAUUGGGAGGCGUGGUUGUUCCUCUGUUGUUACAAUGGCUCCUAAACAGUUACGGCUUUCGGACCGCGCUACGCGUAUGGGCGAUUGCGCUCUUUACAAUUACCCUUCCCUUGACAUACUUCCUCAAACCACGUCUCCCUGUUCCUGCGAACAGCCGCGCAAAGAUCACCCUAACAUUCUUGUCAAGCAAAGCCUUCUGGAUUCUUGAAUCUGGCAACGUCAUGCAAGCUCUCGGCUUCUUCGUACCUUCCAUCUACUUACCGACUUAUACCAAGGCUCUAGGAUUCGACAAUACCAUGUCUACAGUACCUGUCAUUCUUAUCAAUAUCGCUGCUGUUAUCGGCUCAAUCACUAUGGGAACAAUUGUGGACCGCACGCAUGUCACAACCGCUAUUCUCAUCUCUACUAUCGGUGCCGUCCUAUCUAUCUUCCUGAUUUGGGGGUUCAGCACUUCAUUGCCGCCUUUGCUCAUCUUCUGCUUCAUGUAUGGACUGUUUGCGGGGAGUUUCGCCAAUACUUGGCCAGGAAUCAUGAGGACAGUGCAGCAAAAUACUGGACAAAUGGAAAGCUCCAUGGUGUUUUCAUUCCUAUCUUUGGGGCGAGGUAUCGGGAACAUGGUCAGCGGUCCGGUUAGUGAGGCGUUGAUGAAAGCAGGCAACGUUGGUGGGUUUGGCCUGUAUGGGACACAGUAUGGAGGUCUGAUCAUCUGGACUGGGGUCAGUGCUGCGCUCGGAGGCAUUAGCAUCAUUGGGCGAAGGAUUGGGUGGUUAUGA